GGCAAACCGAACUUAUAAAAGCCCGAGCGAAAUUACCAAUUGAAAAUCUCGUUGAUCAGUUAUUUUGAUUACAUAACAAGCGGUGUUUUACUAUUGAAAAGCAUGAGCCGUUGGAUUCAGCUAAUAAUAUUCGGUAUCGCAAUAGGCAUUGCGAAAUCGGCCAGUUUUGUGAAAUUAGUUAUUCUAGCCGGUCUGGGUCUUGCCGGUCUCUGGAUGGUACACACUUUAGCUCAAGAUUUCAGCCAUAUAGCCCAAAACGGUUUUGGUAGCGCUGGUGGAGGAGAUCAUGGUUCAGGAGCGAAAUAUUAUAGUCACAAUCACGACCAAGAAAUCAAAGUAUACAAAAGAUCCAUCGAAAAUAAUCCAGAAGCCAAAAUAGAUUGGGAAACCGUAAUAAAACGAGAUCCAGCCAGCUGUGCCAGAAGUUUCAUUUGCCAACUAGCAGCUUCAAAAGAGUCAACUUUAAUAAAAGAAGAAAGAAUUAUUUUAAAUUUGACAAGAGCGGCUGCUGGUGACGAAACUUGGGCGAGUAAACAAUUACAAGAAGCUUUGAAAAAUGGUAAUACCAUGUCCAAUCCUCAACAGUGCAUGAAAAUGUACAAGUUUUGUCCUUACACGAAGACGAUGAUGAUGGCUUUGAUGACUGCGUUUGGUAAUCGGUGACCUAAAAAGUUGUAAUUAUUUGAAGUAUGGGACAAAUGAUAGAAGCAUUUAAAUUAGAAAUGUAUAUAUUGUAUAAACUUUUUUGUCUUCAAUGUAAUAUAUAAAUAAUAAUAUUUA